UUUUUGAGAGCCAACCUGAAUAUCCACUUUACCAACUGACUGCUAACAUUUCUGCCAGCCUGAAUAUCCACUUUACCAACUGAGCCUGCUAAGUGCUAACAUUUCUCUGGGGGAGGGGGAAGGGAAGUUUGUCAAGGGACUUUACUGGGAAUUAUAAUUAGAGGGAAAUGGUAAUGAACCUUUGGAAGAGGAUUUGGUAGUGAACUUUUUCUUUCAUCCCUUCUUUUAACUCGACCAUUUGUCAUUUUCUUUGGCAGAUGCGAUUUUGGUUUUCUUUCUAGGUCCUAGUUCGGUAAAUGGUCCCGUUUAAAGUUUUAGACCAGUCGAUUGGUGCUAACCAGAUACCAAUCUAACAUGAAGAAAAUUGCCUAAUGAGCGGGAGCCUUUUUGUGUUGGUACUCUUAAUCAUGCAUUUUCUUUGAGGUUUUUAGUUCUUAAUCUUCUACUUUUUUUUGGGUACAAAAUUUUUAAUCUUCUACUUGGCUUCUCUAACAAAUAGGUUAGCGAAAAGCCCUUCUAACUGGUUUUGUAUAGAUCUUUACUUGUACAGUCCACGACCACGGCCUCGCCUCCAGGUCUUGCUCGUCUUCUGACCGAUAUUGAAUUCUGAGACGGUUUUAAAGGAAGACUCGUUUCAUAUUCUCAUCUCCAGAUGAUAAUUUCCCUUCGCUUUUCAUAGUGAACACCGUUAUGACAACACUCAUUUCCGAUUUUGCCGUUUGAUCUCUAACGCUGCGUGGGUUCUGAAUUCUGAAAUCAGAGCAACUGGUUGAUAUCUGGAAUGGAUUUCAAAUUCUUCUCAUGUACUGUAUAGGGUUCUUGAAUAUUAGAUUAGAUCUUGGCCUGGUUUUCGCUUGAUAUGGAUUUUGGACCGGAUUUGGGGACACCCAUCUUGAGAACCUGGGGUUUGUCUUUGUUUGAGGGGACUUGAUUAGGGGGAAUUGGGGACCUCUUGUUUUUCUGAUCUUAUCGGGAGGUGGCCUUGGUUAAACGCUUUGGACCAAAACAUGUUCUGGAGGGAACGUGAAAGGGACAAUAGAAACUCCAACGGCGGUCCUCCUUGUGGGCAGGUUAGGGUGCUUAUCGUUGGAGACUCAGGUGUUGGAAAAACUUCACUUGUUCAUCUGAUCAUCAAAGGUUCUGCCAUUGCUCGCCCUCCUCAAACAAUUGGAUGUACAGUUGGUGUGAAGCACACCACCUAUGGAAGUUCAGGUAGUUCAUCUAGUAGCAUUAAAGGUGAUACAGGGAGGGAAUUUUUUGUUGAACUUUGGGAUGUCUCAGGACAUGAGCGUUACAAGGAUUGCCGAUCUCUUUUCUAUUCACAAAUCAAUGGUGUUAUUUUUGUUCACGAUCUCUCCCAAAGAAGGACAAAAACAAACUUGAAUAAGUGGGCAGCAGAGAUUGCAGCCACCGGAACAUUCUCGGCACCUCUUGGAUCUGGUGGCCCUGGUGGCCUUCCUGUCCCAUACAUUGUUGUUGGUAACAAAGCAGAUAUUGCUGCAAAAGAGGGUCAAAGAGGGAGCAGUGGGAAUCUUGUUGAUGCUGCUCGCCAGUGGGUUGAGAAGCAGGGUUUACUUCCAUCUACAUCUAGCGAGGAACUUCCACUGACAGAGAGUUUUCCAGGCAGUGGAAGCCUUCUUGCUGCUGCAAAAGAAGCAAGAUAUGACAAGGAAUCCCUGAUGAAGUUCUUCCAUAUGUUGAUCAAGAGAAGAUAUUUUCCGGAUGACUUGUCUGCGCCAAAUCCAUGGUCUAUGACACCAGUUCAGAGACCCUUCCAUCGCUCAGGCGAAAAUUUGAGUGAUAAUGAUGAUUUCCACAAUGAUACAAGAAGCGGUGAUCUUUACAAAUACAAUGCACUCCCUCCUCUUCCAGCUCAACGGAAUCUCACACCGCCUCCCACACUUUAUCCUCAGCAGCCAGUAACUGCAUCCGAGAACUACAGCAUCCCAAGAUUCAUUCUGAAUGGAUCCCCAGAGAUUGGUAGCACCAGAUCAAAGCGGUCAGAUAUUAAUGUUUAGUUUGUCUUUGUCUAUUGUUGCAGAGAGUAUACAAAACAUUAACCAAUAGUUUUGCCCAGAGUGGUUGGGGAUAAAGUGAGGAGUAUAUAUGUAGUUUUGAUUAUUUUCUUUUCCUAUUUGCAAGUAACCUGCUCAUUACUUGGUUCACAUUUGUAAGUGCACUUUUGGCUGAAGAAGGGGGUGUCUGCUAAUGAUUUGGUUGGAUGUGUAAUGAUUGAGUACUUGAUGUCCCAAACUGAAAGUAAAAGCCAUUUCUUUACGACCAA